AUGGGUGAAGGUAAUGGCCAAAAGGAAAAGAUGGCUCGUGAGAAGAACGCUGAAAAGAUGAAAGACCAAAAGGGAAGUCAGCUUGAGGCGAACGAAGAAGGUCGUGAAUAUCCAGUGCAAGUGCAAGAGAAAAACUUUGUACCUUCACUAAGAAAAGCACUCAAGGAUGCUACCAUAGACAAGGAUGUAGCAGUUGCUGCACGUGUACAUUUCAUUUUAAAGAAGGGAUUCACUGAGGCACCUCCCCUUACACCUGGUUAUGAUACCUCACGGGGCUUCAGUCAAUUGCCUACCGGAUCUCAGUGGGCGACGUCUAGUGGUACUCCAACAGCUACUCCAAGCCCGACUGUAUCACAUCAUUCUUCAGCAUCUACUGCACGGUUUGGGGUAGACGGUCUUCACCUUGGAGGUAGUAGCUCUGAGCCCGACAAUCGUACCAUAGAUGAAAACUUACCUGUAGGUGGUGUGGUUGCUCCACUGCUGAAGCAUUAUGAUGCCAGUGGGCGCCUGAUCAUCGAGCCUGUGGGAUAUAGUUUUUUACCAGACAAAGCUUCAAGAAUUCUUUCGCGGACGAUACAGGGUUUUUUUACGGACUCGCCGACUUGGGGUAAGGUGGAACCAGACCAGAAGAGACAGAGCUAUCUAACCUUUAAGAGAAAGUGUUUCUGCCUCCCGGAACAUGAAGCUCAUGUCGCCCAGAACUUCGAGAAGAAAGCAGGGCGGUUGCUAAAGGGUGCAUUAGGAAGGGUUCGUGAAGAACAAGCAAAGCCUGAUUGGAUCCGUCCUGAGGCCUAUAACAAGCUAUUGCAGUACUGGGCAUCUGAUGAAUUUAAGAAACAAAGUGAAACAGGGAAGAAGGCCAGAAAUUCUACAAAGGGUGGCUCCCUACACACUAGUGGGGCUAAGAGCCAAGUGGCUGUGAGGAAGGAGCUGGAACUCAAAGAAAAGAGGAUAUUGCCUCAAGAUGAGGCAUUCAAAAUCACUCAUGUGAAGAAGAAGAAAAACAGUGAAGAACCAGACGAAUGGGUCGAGGAACGAGCUAAGCAGUCCUACAUUCAAUUUCAACAAUCACGGGCUGAGUUAUGCAGCAGUCUGCCACCUGGCAUAGAGCCUACAGAUGAACAAUUGAAUGAACUUUGGAUGGUGACUGUUGGUUGCCCCACUAGGUUUGGCACAACUUAUGGAAUGGAAAAUACAGCAUUUCGUAAAUUCCAGUCGCCCCUGCAAGGCAUAGGUUCUUCCAAUGAUGUCGGGUCGUCAAAUAGAGCGAGUAUUAUGGCCAUGGAGCAGAAGAUUGUUGAGCUAUCUAUCCAGUUAUAGGCCUCGGAGACUAGGGAGAGGCGGAGAGACGAGCAGCUACAGGUUGCGGAGGACAGGGAGAGACGGAGGGACGAGCAAUUUGCGGGUGUGAAAGCUCAAUUAGACUUAUUACUUUCUUUGAGGGUGAUUCCCCCUUGUCUUGAUGACGCUCGUAGCUCCAAGCAUCGACCUCCCCAUUCUCAAUCUAGGUCACGAUAUCGAGAGGUUGGUCAAGAACACAGACUUGUAGAUAAGCCAAGUAGUGGUGAUGAUGACGGGGAGCACGUGUCAAAUACAGAAUGACAUGGUUGAAUUUUAAGUAUCUUACUAACAUAUGAAUUUUUUUGGUGGAUUUGUAAAAAUGUGAAAGUGUUUGGUGGAUGUUUGUGAAUGUUGAAGUAGCUUGAUGUUGUAGACUAAGUUAAUGUAGACUAGUAUAAUGUUUUGUGGAUGUUUGCAAAGGUUGAAGUAGUUUAAUGUUUUUUGUGAA